GAACUUGCUAAACGGUUCGCUUUGUCGUUCGGUCUGGACGCCAUUAAGAACAGAGAGGCGAUCACAGCGCUGCACAGAGACGGCAUACUGUAUGCGGUGCAAACCGGGGACUCAGUGGAGGAUCCAACCGGACCGCCGCCCAAUCUGCCCUUCCUCGAAAUACUCACCGAGUUCACCAACAAACUACUCAAACAGGACAAACGCAUUGUACUCAACUUCCUGGACCGGAGGAUAACGGCGGGAAUGCCGUCAAGCCGCGGCGAGGACUGGCAGCCAGUGUUUACUUACCGCAACUCACUCGUUCACGGCGAAACUGACCAGCCACUGGUCACAUCUAAGCGCGCCUACACUCGCAAGAAGAAGGAGAUCUUUGACGACGAGAUGGGUGAUGACGCUGAAGAACCAGGAUCUGAUCCGGAAUUCAAUAUGGGAGCUGGUCCAAUUGAUGAUUCCAAAUUGCCGCUUAAGAAGAAGAAGAAAGUAGGAAGGUGAGUUUUGCCCUAGCUGACGAUUUUAAAAUAGUG